AUGCCCAGUCCUUCCCAAGACAACCAAGAGUGCCUCCAGAAACAUUUCUCCAGGCCAUCUAUGUGGAAGCAAUUUCUGCCCCUGCCUAGGGCUGAGGGAUAUAAUGCAAAUAUUCACCAGACCAUGGAAAAUGAAGGAAGCCCCGAGGCUGUGCGUGACGUCAAGUCCUUUCCCCCUGCACAGCUCUCAGACGCGCCCGCUGCCCCGAAGCUGCUCAACCUGCUUUUUAGCACGCUCUCUGGCCUCGCCCGAUUCUUCUCUCACCUUCUCCAGCGACCCCCUUCUGGGGCUCCCCAGCGGCACCCGGACUUCUCCCUCCUGCUUCCCGCUUGCGCCCUGCCGGCGGCUGGGCUCUCGCGGGGGCACGGGGAGCGGCCAGGCCGCCUCUCGCUCCUGCUCCGGGCGGCUCUGGCACUGCCUAGGCCCCCAGGGGAACGCCUGCCCAAGGAAGAGGAUGCCUGCGCGGGGCAGAGCUCGCCCAUGCCCCCCGUGGGAUCCGAGCGGACGGAGGUGCGGAAACGGCAGAUGCCCGCGGCCCAGGAGACCACCGGCCCCGCGCCGGGCCAGCACGGAGCGGGGAGCCGCGGCUCCAACGCCUGCUGCUUCUGCUGGUGCUGCUGCUGUAGCUGUUCCUGUCUUACUGUUAGAAACCAAGAAGAACAGAGACCCAGGAGGGCCUCCCAUGAACUCAGACGAGAAGACCUUCCAACCUGUGAAGAAAGCCCAAGCCCCACUCUGGAAGAAGUCAGCGCCUGGGCUCAGUCGUUCGACAAGGUAAUGCUUACCCCGGCGGGAAGGAAUGCCUUCCGGGAGUUCCUCCGAACAGAAUUCAGUGAAGAAAAUAUGCUUUUCUGGAUGGCGUGUGAGGAGCUGAAAAAGGAAGCUAAUAAGACCAUUAUCGAAGAGAAAGCGAGGACAAUCUACGAAGACUACAUUUCCAUUCUUUCUCCGAAAGAGGUCAGCUUGGACUCCCGCGUAAGAGAAGUCAUCAACAGGAACAUGGGAGAGCCCUCCCAACACAUAUUCGAUGACGCCCAACUUCAGAUCUACACCUUAAUGCACAGAGACUCGUAUCCCCGGUUCAUGAACUCUGCCCUCUAUAAAGAUUUGCUUCAGUCCUUAUCUGAGAAAUCAGUCGAAGCAUAGGAUGUUAUCAAAUGUAUUUAUUAUUAAUAAAAUAAGAAAAGAACUCAUGGACUAUGUCUAGUACAGGGAACUUAGAGACAGUAGUAUCUUCUGCUAGAGUCAUCCGCGGGCUAUUUUAAUAACAGAUGCUUCCUUCCACAGAAGGCUAUGUAUUCACAAUGUCAGUUGCAGCCACCGUUAGUGACACUUUUGGAAAACGACGGGUACGGCCGCCUUAGAAAAAGAUAGUAUGUUUACAUGCACAGUAACAGUCGCGUGUCGCGAAUGGCGAAGGAUAUACUAGAAGACUGUACUGCCUGGGGCAUGUACGUCCACUGGAGCAAACAGGACUGCUUUCGUUUUGUCCGAGUUCAGUAUCUGAUGACUUUCCUCCCAAAGAAAAGGCAUUCAAGUGUUUCUUAGCGACUCCUUCCUUCCGUCGGGCUGUCUUGAGUGCUUUGCUUAGCAGUGCCAUUACCGGACCCCAGUUCCCAUCUGACCAAGAUGUGUCACCACUACGCAUAAGGACGGUACUGCGCUCUCAGAAGACGCGUAUGCAGAUACAUAUAGGUGCAUGUGUAUCUAUGCCAGUUAAUGUAAGGAACUGUGCUCUUAGGUGGGUCGGUCUCCUGUUCCGUAAGGGAAGUAGUGUUUUCUUAGAAGAUUCUUUUGUUGACAAGUCACCGUUUCAUCAUCGCAAUCUGCCAGCCUAAAGAAUGGACUUUGAACUCACAGCUUAGUCGUGUUCGUAACAGAACUUUCAAAGAAGCAUAUUCCCGUUUUUAUUAUUCGAAGAAAUAUGGGCAUUUUCACUCUAAAAAAAUAAAGCACAAGAGU